UCUGCGCGGAUGAAAUGAAGGAGCCAUGUCACAUCACACGGUUCGGCCCCGUGAAAUUUGUCCAAUCAGAUGAUGUGUCGUGGGGCCAAAAGCGAAUACAGGAUCAUAUAUGUCUUAUACCGUAUCUUUAGUGGCACAGAAAAAAUUGGGGCCGGACGGCUACAGGUGGAUGGUCAUAAUUGCGAACAACACAAAACACGUGGCAUAAAUAUUGCUCCGUAAGAACCUGCCAUUCUUAGCUGGGUUUGCAGAUUCAAACAAGGUGGAAUCUUGCUUCAUCGUGCAAGUGUGCGUUGCUUUCUAGUUUAUAAACGGAGUUUGCUUCAACUGGCGUACAGAAUGUCUACAUGUUGCAAAGGCAAGGGCCCAGGAUACAAGAGCCCUCAAGAGGCCAUGAAGGGACCAAAGGAGGAGAUUGUCUAUCUGCCUUGUAUCUAUCGCAACACAGAAGUCAAGAAACCAGACUACUUGGCAACUGUUGACGUUGAUCCACGCUCAUCAACUUACUGCAAGGUAAUCCAUCGUCUUCCAAUGCCCCACAUGGAGGAUGAGCUCCAUCAUAGUGGCUGGAAUACCUGUAGUAGUUGCUUUGGUGAUGAGAACAUGAAGCGAAACCGUCUCAUACUGCCCUCGCUCUAUUCUUCUCGCAUCUAUGUGAUUGAUGUGGGAACUUCACCACGCAAACCUCGCUUGCACAAGGUUGUUGAACCAGAGGAAGUUGGAUCUGUUGCCGGCCUGACGAACCCACAUACCACCCAUUGCUUGGCAAACGGCCAAAUCAUGAUCAGUGCUAUGGGGGAUGCUAAACGCCCCGGAGAGGGAAAAGGUGGUUUCAUUAUCCUGGAUGGCAAGGAGUUCUCUGUGGUUGGUCACUGGGAGAAGGAAGGCCACAGCUCCCCUUUUGGAUAUGAUUUCUGGUAUCAGCCGUUCCAUAACGUCAUGAUCAGCACAGAGUGGGGCGCUCCAAAAGCAUUCUUGAAAGGAUUUGACCCUGCUGACUAUGCUAAUGGGUUGUAUGGUCACACUCUCCACGUGUACGACUGGGAGAACCACACCCUGCAGCAGAACAUUGACAUGGGAGAUGAGGGCGCUAUCCCACUGGAGAUCCGUUUCCUUCACAACCCCCUGGCAACCGAGGGAGUCGUUGGUUGUGCACUGAGCUCCAAUGUGUUCCGCUUCUUCAAGACUAGCAAAGGUGACUGGGCAGCCGAGAAGGUGAUUGAUGUCCUUCCUAAGAAAGUAGAGGGAUGGGCUCUGCCGGAAAUGCCCGGCUUGAUCACUGACAUCCUUCUGUCCAUGGACGACCGAUUUGUUUACUUCAGCAACUGGUUCCAUGGUGAUAUCCGCCAGUAUGACAUCAGUGAUACCCGCCACCCCAAACUAGUUGGCCAGAUUUUCCUGGGUGGAUUGAUUUGUUCGGACACACCAGUGAAAGUGACUGACGACAAGGAGUUGACCAAGCAGCCCGACCCACUCUACAUGAAUGGCAAACGCAUCAACGGUGGCCCACAGAUGAUACAGCUCAGCCUGGAUGGCAAGAGACUCUACGUCACCACCUCCCUGUAUAGCGGUUGGGAUAAGCAGUUCUACCCUGAAAUGUGCAAGACUGGCUCAGUGAUGAUGCAAAUCGACGUGAACACCGACGUUGGAGGUCUGACGCUCAACAAGGAUUUCCUGGUGGACUUUGGUGAUGAGCCUCACGGGCCCGCCCUCGCGCACGAGAUUCGCUACCCAGGGGGAGACUGCACAUCCGACAUCUUCCUCGCUUCCACCGCAAACCUGUAAAGACCACACGGUCAGGAAGAACAGCUUCAUGUAUGGUCAAGUCGUUGUCCUUGACCUACUGGCAUUUUUAUCACAUGGUUUCACACCAUAUACUGACAGUCAGUGAAAAAUGCACCACUUGUUACAUUCUGGUCUGCUGGUUCUAUCAUAUGGCACUGCAGUAUUAUGGCCUGACUAUGAGGUCAGGACAGACAUAGUUAACACUGGUCCAUGAAAUGUGCGAAAUGCCCCGUGUUUGUUUCAUCCUCUUUCAUCAUAAUAGGAAAUUUGAUAAUACUUAUUUCAAAUACCAACAUUCAGAAUGAUUUCUUUGGGAAUUUUCAUUGGCUGUUAUUUUAUUUUUUCCCCUGGCGGAUACAGAAAAUAAGACACAGAUUGUUAGCACAGUCGGAGAAGUACAUAUGUAGGUGUAACAGAUGGUGCUUUUUGACAGUACAGUAUAUGGACCGGUAGAAGAAAUACUAUUUGGCAGUACCGUAUAUGGACCGGUAGAAGAAAGACUAACAACAUUUAUAAUAUGUUUGCUGGUGGAGGUUCAGAAAAACUUAAAGCUUUACAAGAUCUACUAAAUGCUACCAAUUAAUAAUAAAAGAACAGAAUAAAUGAUGAAUGAGCAAAACACCUUGAUAAAAUUUAUUAUAUGAUUGUGAAAGAUUUAUAUGCAUGUCUACAUAUAUUUUGCAAUGAUGUAAUGUUGAAAUUGUCAAUGUGGAAAGUUGUUACAAGAAUGAAGCAUUAAGACAGAUAUUUUUCUUAUCACUAGCUGGCCGCUGCCGAGUCACAAUAUUAAUAAUAGAACUCAUUGUAACAUUUUCAAAUGGCAAGCACGAAAUGAUACGGAAAUCUUAACAUGAACUGUGUAUGGGGGGACUGACAGCAAUUUGACAUGUAUGUAUGAACAGCUGAAAUGACUUUGUUGACAUUUGAACUUUGGUUGUCAUUUUGCAGGCUUGGAGCAGUGUUUUCUAGUCUUUCAAAGAUUGUGGCUUUUGGCAGGAACCAUUUCACAUUACAUCUAGUCGUCGGUGUUAAUUGGCAGGAUUGUGCAUUGCCAACUACUUUAAAAGGCUGGACAUAUUUUUGAAAUUUUUAUUUUUUCAAAGCUUCACUUUUUGUGCAUUUUGUAUUUUUCUUCAAAGCAUGAAACCUGUUUGGAAUCCUUUUGGUGUAAAAUGUAUUGAAAAGUGCACUUUUUUGAACAUUAGAAAUCACCCAGGCUGUUCCAAACAAGUAAGGGCGUUGUUGAUGUGAUUCAAGAUGGGAGAGACGCUGUUCAGAUAACAUGUUUUGUUCAUGUUUAGAUUUUUCUGUUCAAAAACAUCCCUGAAAAUGGGUUGCUUGCAGGCUUGUUGCCAUCUACCCAAAGAACAUAAAAUCACCAAAGAAAUGAAAAUUUCAACAGCAAAAUUUAUAAAAUUCCAGUGGUUAUUUGUGCAAAAAUCAGUGCAACAUUGAGGUUGGAUGCCUGGGAUGACAUUACAGUUGCAUUAGCAUAAAAACCAAAAUGGCUCCAAAAUAUGAAUUCAAAUGGUAAAACCAAAAUUGAAAAAAGGUUAAUUAAAGCAUAAAGUGUAAUUUCAGGGACAUUACAGUAGUUAAAUAAUUGUAUAUCAUGGUUCCUUGAAACUCAGUUUUUCCUUCCUCCAUGGAUGUAUGGGCUUCGUUUAUAAAUAAGAGAUGGGACAGCUAGUUGCAACACAGCAAGCUUAGAAUGUAGGUCCAGCAUACCUCGUGCACAUGUUUAUUUACCAGUGUACAUGUAAAACGAGUUUAAGAAGGCUGCUACCGAAGUGAAUAUGCCACUUGCACAAUGAUGUGUGUGAAAGGCAUAUUAACGCAAGAACCAACACGGGAGCACACUCCAUUCAUUUGCACUGCACUUUCUGGUUCACAGUGAUGUCACACUUCGGUACUCGACAGAACCAGCCAGUGUAUACCUUGUAUUAACUGGGGCCUAACGGGCACAUCCUUGAAGUUUUCGGGGGGGGGGGUCAGGCUGGAGAUUUUUUUAAAUUGUGUCAUUUUUGUCUGUACAUCAACAAAAAACAGUGAUGAAACAGUAUAUGACAUACACUAUUAAUGUACAUUUACAAAGGUAUUGGUGUAAGCUUGCCUUUGCACACGUAAGAGGAAUGUGCGGGAUGCUGUCUUGUUUUUGAAUUUACAUUAGUUAUUUUUUAUUUUCGGUAAGUUUUUCUACCUUAUGGUUUUUUUUGUCUCAGAGCAACAGGGGGGUAGUCCCCCAACCCCCUCUCCCUGGAUCUGCACCUGCCUAAUUUCAUAGCCCUGUUCAGUAGCGGAUUUUGUAUUGACAAAGCCUUUAAUUUGUCUGUUUCAUAGACUGUUAUGCAAAAGUUUAACCCCCCAGAAAAAGUUUCUUAGUUGGUGAAGUUUCCAUGCAAAUGAAGGCUUUUGCACAUCCACACUGUGAAAAAGUGCUUAAAGCGCAACUUUCAUGCUGUUAAUUAAGCUAGCUGUUUUCCAUAAGCAGUGCUGUGAAAUUUGGCCCUGAACUUUGUUAUCUCAUGGGGAGGAAAAAACUUAAAAGCAAAAGACUUCAAGAUAUUGCAACUCCCAGAAUAAUUGCUCAUACCAUAGUUAGUCAGGCUCUGUAUGCAGGGAGAUCACAUGUUUAUCUGAAAAUGCCUAGAGCCGACAGGGUUUGUAUGGGCAGCAGUUACCCACCUACGCGUGGCACAUGUCAGUCCUGCCACUCUCUCUUUACCAACCCGUAUAUGUACGGAUCCCCUGUAGCAUUGAUCAUGCGCAUUGUUGGGGUACAAUCUUUUACAUGGAUCCCUCUUCCUUCAGUUCUUCCUCGAUAUUUUUUCUCAAGCAAUUAGAAUUGCAAUAUAUUUUCAGAUAUUGAAUUUCUGUUUUCCUAAACUAUUUUUUUGUAUUUGCAAUGGUGCUUGAGCUUUCUGUUUUGCUGUUACUGUGACCUUAUUAUCAUUAUGCUAAUUGUUGAAAACAUAUAUCACGGUGUGAUGAUUUCAUUUUUUGGGGGUUCUUUGUAUGUGCUGAUUAAUUCCAUUUUAAUUUUUAGACUUUAGCAAUUUAGUGUACUGAUGAUAGUGUAGUGUACUGUUUUUGUUUUAUGGCUCACCUAGCAAAUCUUUUAAGGUAUAGAUAAUUGCAAAACAUUCAUUGUGAAUGUUAAUAAUUUUGUCAGUACAAAUGAUGAUCUGGCAGUGACUUGUAAGAUUGAGUUUUGGCAAUGGCAUAGCCAGGCUCGGAGGGGGGAGUCCUCCCAGCUCAGAGAUGUUCAUAGAGCAAGUUGAGACAUAAAGUGUCACCAUUGCUGGAAACAAACUUGCAGGUGCAUGUGCCUGUGUACACAGACAGUCCCAUUACAUAUAAACGACCAUUUUGUUCCCAAAAUCUGAAGCUUGUAGUAUUCUUAUUAUGUAGGUUUUGUGUGGUAGCCAUCUUGCUGAGCAGUUCUUUGUUCUACUGGGCAACCUCCUUCGUGGAACAAAAGCUCUGCCCCAGCUGUGUCACUUGGUUUAGGAGACAGUAUAUGGAUUUGUACACGGCAUACAUGUAUGCUAUGCUUGCAGUUUAUGUUCUCAUCAUAUGGUACAUGUAUGACUCUUACCAUAUAUGUUAUGUACAAGUUGAGUUGUGAAGAAUCCGGCAUAAAUUGUGAUUAAAAGACUUCUGCUUGCAUGCAAAUCA